CCGGCGCCACCCUCCGUCGUUUCAGCCGAGGCUCCUAGCGCCCCGGGGCGGGCACGGCUUGCCCGGUUCUCUCGCCAUCCCCGCCGCCCCCGGCUCAACCAUGUCCGGAGCCGUCCUGCCCCCGGCGGCCUCGGGGUCACGGAAGCCCGCGCCCCGCAGCCUCAGCUGCCUCUCGGAGCUUGAUGGAGCGCGGGCCUGCAGACCGCCGGGGAGCCCCGGCCUGGCGCCGCCGCCGGCCCCCGCGCCCUCGGGCUGCGACCCCCGGCUGCGCCCCAUCAUCCUGCGGCGCGCGCGCUCGCUGCCCAGCUCCCCCGAGCGCAGGGCCAAGGCGCCGGGCGCGCCCGGAGCCGCGUGUCGCCCGGGCUGCCGGCGGCAGCACCGCGUGCGCUUCGCCGACGCCCUGGGCCUGGAGCUGGCACAGGUGAAGGUGUUCAACGCCGGGGACGACCCGGCCGUGCCGCUGCACGUGCUCUCGCGGCUCGCCAUCAACUCGGACCUGUGCUGCAGCAGCCAGGAGCUGGAGUUCACCCUGCAGUGCCUGGUGCCCGACUUCCCGCCGCCCGUCGAGGCCUGCGACUUCAGCGAGCGCCUUGGGCGGCAGCUCGUGUGCCUGGAGCGGGUCACCUGCUCGGACCUGGGCGUCAGCGGGACGGUGCGCGUGCGCAACGUGGCCUUCGAAAAGCAGGUGGCUGUGCGCUACACCUUCUCCGGCUGGCGCAGCGCGCACGAGGCGGUGGCACGGUGGCGCGGACCUGCGGGCGCCCAGGGCACCGAGGACGUCUUCGCCUUCAGCUUUCCCGUGCCACCCUUCCUGCUGGAGCUUGGCUCCCGCGUGCACUUCGCCCUGCGCUACCGAGUGUCCGGUGCCGAGUACUGGGACAACAACGAUGGCCGUGACUACACCCUUAUCUGCCGCAGCCACGCGCUGCACAUGCCACGCGGGGAGUGCGAAGAGAGCUGGAUCCACUUCAUCUGAGCUGCAGGCCGAGAGCCACAGCCUCCACCCGGGUCUCCCUGCAGUCUGGCCUGGCUGGGCGCUCACCUCCGGGUGGAUGGCUCCCACCCCAUCCUUGCCUUCCAGUUAGUUGUCUGACCUCAUUGCCUGCUGCAGAGCCCUCUGACGGGGUCGUGUGCUGUCUUCUACGUGAUUCGCCUGGUGUAAAGAGUGGCCUCAGGUGGCCCGAGGGCCAGUAGGCUGUGUGGUGCGUUAGGGGAAGGUGGGGUGGGCAGCUGCAUGGGAAUGUGGGCCUCUCUGGGUAGGGCCCAGGCUGAUGUUGGGAAAGCCUUGCCGUCCCCACAGGAAGGCCUUUUGCAUGUGUCCUGAACGUGUCUCUAAAGAAGCAUGGCUGUGUCUGUCACUGUGAUGUUACGGACUUCUGCCCAUAGUGGACGCCUUCUCAGGAUUACUCCGUAUUUAAUAAGCUAAAAAAAAAUCUUGUUGUGUGUCCGUGCCCCUUGUAAGCAAAAUGUACAGUGUGACCUGCAUCAUGGUCCCUUGAGGCAGUACCGUGGGAAGAGAAAUGUCUGAGGUUGCUUGCCAAUGUCAGUAGCCUAACAGUGGUGACUAUUAAUAGCCGAGGAACUUACUGCUUAUCUGUCAUCACACAAACAUCUCUGGGCUUCCAGGCCGCCCUGGUUAGGCUAUGUCUCCCACAGUUGAAAAGGUUAAAAAUCUUUGGCUUUUGCAACCGGCCCCAAAUGUCCGGUUUGGAGCCACUGCCUCUGUCUUCUGUGUGUCGAGUUGGAGUGUUGAUAAGAUACCAGCACAUUACCAAGCCAUGUUCUGUUUAGGUUUCAAACUACCUAACCUUUUGAAAAUAUUCUUGCCUUAUUUCAAUUUCCAGGUGGCUGUAGGGUUUCAGGCAACAGUGCCCCUUCAGUUAUCUUUUUUGAUGACUUAUGGAGUCUUUUUUUAUUUGUUCUUAAGCCUCAGAAGAUUCCAGCUUUCAUCCUUUGGACGUCUGGCUCCAGGUGGGCCUGUGUGGUGGUUGCCAGCGUUAGCCAGAGCACUGGAGGAAAAAUAGUUCACAGACUUUUAUAUUUCUAAUUUGUAUUGUUUUAUGUCAAGUUAUCCAAUGCUCUUCAACUUUAUUCUUUGUGCCUUCAGAUAGGAAAUUUUCUAACACUUUAUGAACAUCCCUCCCAGUUUUAAAGUGUUAAAUUAAAAAAACAAAAAACCUUCAAGUAGCCAGAUUGGACCAUUCACUGUCCCCUGCAGUCUGCCUGUUUCUUAACCCUGCCCCCCCCACUGAGGGGGCUGAUGUGUCUCUGGUGCUGUGACAGUAGGUGCUAGAACUGAGGUGUGCACUCGCAGGCACCCACAAAUACCAACCCAUAUGGGCAGGACUUCAAGAUGUGACCUUUGCUUGUUGGGAUAACUGAAGCCAGAGUGAUCGGUUUGGUGACAGCUGUCACCAGUAAGUUUUUGACAUUUGUUAAUUUGGCAUUGAGAAGAUGCAUUUUACCUUUUAACCAAUUUGUUUUUGACAACUGCAACAUCGGGCUCUUAAAACUCCAAAAAUAGUCCUGGCUGUCUUUGGUACCUUCCCUGCCUAACAACACUGAACUUGGAUUUAAAGUAUGGAUAAAUCUCGCAGCCUGAGGCUGCAGGACUGUGUGACACAUUGACAUGCAAGAGAGGGGGAAGCCUACUUGAGCUUCUGCUGCUUCAGUCUGUCCAGUGAGGUCAGCAAGCCUGGGCUGCGCUGGCCGUGGCCCCCGUCUGGAGUACCAGAGAGCUGGGACACACAGGUACAAGUGAGGGUUGCCGCAAGUGUUGCUGCUUAAAGGCAUGGAGAGCAUUUGCUCAUCUCAGAAAGUCACUUGCCAGGAAGGUUCUAGUCAGAAAAGUGAAUCUUAGAUCAUCCAAAUUAAGCAAGCCUCAAUGUGCCUUCAACAAAACACCAACAUUUCAUAAUAUGAAGCUUAAAGAUUAUUCUGGUUGACAAAGAUUUGUAAUGGUUCAAGGAGAACCCUCAGACCCUAAAGCAUUGAUAUUGCUUAGAUAGUAAGAUUUUUGUGGAUUGUACAACCACUGAGUCGUCUCCCUGAAUGUGUAUUACUGUCACUUCAAAUGUUUUCACGCAAGCUGAAAUAUUAAAACAUCCCUCAGAUGUGUAUUAGUCUGUCACUUCACAUAUUUUUAUCCACGCCUAAAUAUUAAAGUAUAUAUGCAAAAUGACUGCA